AUGGCCACGGUGCCUCAAUCCAAGCGACAAUCUCGCAAGCCGACGGGUGUCGCUAGAGACGAUUCCGAUGACGAACUCGGCAUCGAAGACCUGCCUUGGGAAUGGCUAUAUGAGCGAUCCAUUACCCAAUCUCCAGCGAGGCUCGACGACGACGACAAUGAUGAAGAGGACGAGGAGCAUAAGAGCCCCCGGAAGCGCAAAAGGACACGUCGUGAACAGCGAAUCGUUGGGGCCAGCUUGGGAAGCUUCCAAUGCCACAUUGGCGACUGUGUCCUCCUGAAGGCAGAGGGGUCAAAGGAGGCGUGGGUGGCCAUCGUAUGCGAGUUCAUAGAAGAUGGCGACGAAGCGGAGAAGGCUGCGAACUUCAUGUGGUUCUCAACGGAGAAAGAGAUACGCAACAAAGGGAGAAAACGUUCGGACUUUCUACCCAACGAGCUGUACAUAUCCCCUUCAUGGGACGUCAAUCCACUUGCGGCCAUCAAUGGCAAGGCUGUCGUGCUGUCUCCGCAAGAGUUCUUCAAAAAGUAUCCGUCCGGCAAGAUCCCACGAUCAUCCCCCGACUUCGGCAAGCUGUUUAUCUGCCGUCGUGGAUGCAAUACGAGAACAGCGACCUAUACAGACGAAUUUAUUUGGGAGGACAUCUACCGCGCUGGUGAGGAGGGUGUCCAUGACUUGAUCCAGUUCACCAAGUCGCAAACCAAGUCGACCAGAAGUCGACGAGCGGAAAGGGAAACAACUCCCGAACAGUCCUUUGCUCUCACCGACAACACCGAUGCUGUAACGCCAAAAAGGACAACAAAAUCUGGCGCCUCAACCCCUCGCGGCGGUAACCGCACUGCGACAACGCCGUCUUCCCGAAAAAGGGUGAUGGUGAAGAAGACGCUAGAGUUCACCCCUUUGGGUACAAGGAAGCUGUCCCCAGCACGUCUUCAGUCGUCACCCUUCCAGCAGGCACGGUCCCGACUUCAUGUUGCCUCGGUCCCAUCAAGUUUGCCAUGCCGAGAGAACGAGUUCUCCACGGUAUACUCUCAUCUGGAGGCUGCCAUUGCAGAUGGCACUGGAAGUUGUAUCUACAUUGCCGGUACGCCCGGAACUGGGAAGACAGCGACUGUCCGCGAAGUGAUUUCUCGACUGGAAGACAACGUCAGGGCUGACGAACUUGAUGACUUCAUCUUUGUGGAGAUCAACGGCAUGAAAAUUACCGACCCCCAUCAGUCAUACAGUCUGCUAUGGGAAGCUUUGAAGGGGGAGCGUGUGAGCCCGUCGCAAGCCAUCGAUCUUCUGGAACGAGAGUUCAACAACCCUAGUCCUCGCCGUACGCCAUGCGUGGUUCUCAUGGACGAGCUCGAUCAGUUAGUGACGCGAAAUCAAAGCGUCAUGUACAACUUCUUCAACUGGCCUGGUUUGCGACACAGCAGGCUUAUUGUUCUCGCUGUGGCCAAUACCAUGGAUCUCCCAGAAAGAACCCUUAGUAACAAAAUCAGUUCUCGCAUAGGCUUGACGAGAAUCACAUUUCCAGGAUACAAUCACCAGCAACUAAUACAGAUCAUACAGUCCAGACUAGAGGGGGUCCCAGGGAACAUUGUUUCACCAGAUGCUAUCGGCUUCGCCAGCCGAAAAGUGGCCGCCGUCAGUGGUGAUGCCAGGAGAGCUUUGGAUAUUUGUAGACGAGCCGUUGAAAUCGCCGAGUCCGAGAAUCGCAGUCGACCGGAUUCAGGAAGCCAGAAGGGACAUGACAAGGCACCCGCGAAGGUCACUGUGGAGAUUAUCAGGAAAGCCAUCAGCGAGGCGACGACAAACCCCAUUCAGCAGUAUUUGAGAUCUUUGGCUUUCGCACCAAAACUGCUCCUCAGCUCUUUGCUGGUCCGGAUCCAAAGGAACGGAACCUUCGAAACGACGUUCGGGGAUGUCGUUGACGAGUUACAUCGCAUCUUGAAAUUGGAUACUGGCGGUUCAGACUCGGGGUUCGUCGCGGCCCUCGGCUGCUGUUCUGUCGGAGUUGACGCAGGUCAUGCCAAGGACAGAGCCGGAGUGAUGGAAGCCAUGGCUCUUCGCCGAGCAGCAGUCGACUUGGUCGGCGCAGGCAUCAUAGUUUUAGAGGCACAACGGGCUGAACGACCAAGCAAAAUGCGCCUUGCAGUCGGAGACGAAGAGAUUAAGAUGGCGUUUAGAGAUGACGGCGAAGUGAGGGCACUUGGUCUAUUUUUCUAG